CUCAGAACCCAGGGGCUGUCUGUCAGACACGGUGUCCGCUGUGCCGCAGCUCUCCGCCGCACAACAACUAUGUGGUUUUAACUCAUCCUGCAAGACUCAAAUCAAAUGUUUUUUUUUAUCUCCACACGGAGCCGCCGAGUCACUUCCUGUGUCGCUCGUUAGCGUCGUGUGACUUUAAAAAAAGAAUGCUUUCUUGAGUUGUUGCUUGCUAGCUGGUUAGCUCCCUGGUUAGCACUGGAAGUUUGCUCCGUCUCGCUGACUAGUUGGCCUCGUCCCGACACCGAAUUCAAACUUUCAAAAACCUUCCACACAAAAAGCAAACGGCGGGGGGAUUUCUCUACACGCUGGACUGAGCUAACGAUGGAGUCCGCAAAUCGUUUCGACUGCGCCAGCCCCGUUAGCACCGUCUUGAAGCGCAGGCCCGACGGGAUCCCCGGGCUUUCCCCGCUCUCGCUGCCCGAGCUGAGCUCCAGGAGCGCGCACCGCAGGGACCUGUUCUCCCCGGGACCCGCGACCGUGCUGUCGCCCGUCACCAACCUGGCCCUGGACAUGAACAACUUGGCCGGACUCGGGAGUCUCUGUGAUACCCCGAAAAGAAGAAGGCAUGCGCCGCUGGAAAAGGUUCCCUCCUUCGCCUCUGACGUCUCAUCUGAUGCCGGCCUCGGCAUGGAUCCCCCGAGCCCCUCGGAUUCUGUUGAGGUGGAGGACACGUUCGAAAAGGCUAUUGAACAGUCGAGCCGCGUCGUCAACGAGAGGAUACCAAUUCGAAGAAUCAACUCAUUGCCACUCCAGCUCCUGGGUUUCAGUCCUUCUCUAAAGGGACAGGAAGCGGAUUCUCACCGCUACGGAAUAUUCGGCCAACAGCCUUCCCAGAUGAACGCCUCCACCUCCUCCUCCUCCUCUGGUCAACAUGACAACAAAGAGAACCUGCCGGAGGAGGGCUUUAAAUUCAAGAAACCCACCAAGCCGGUGUCGCGGUGUCGUGUGCGCUCCUUCAACGGCGGACAGUCGAAGGACGCGUUCGCCCGACGCCCCAGCUCCGCACCAGCCCUCAUGCUCUCUUCACCUCCUCCCAUCCAGCAGCUGGACAUGUACGACUCCAGUCCUUUGUUCCUGAGACGUUCCUCCGCCUCGUCUCUCAACGACGACGAUGACGACGGCUUCAUGGACGUGCUGGACGACAACAUGGAGAACGACUCUGGGAUGCCGAUGGGGAUGGCCAGCCUGCUCCAUGCUCCGCUGGUGUCCGACAAUUCAGCUGAAGACUCUCCUGUGAUUCGCUGUCGCCCGCGGAGCCUGUUCCGCUCGCCCUCCAUGCCCAGUCCGGUGUCCCGUCCCUGUGCAAAGCGUCCCGACUGCCCCGGAGACGACAACACGCCAGUCAGGGUGAAGAGACGACGCAGCCUGGCGGGGACCACCAUGGAGCAGAGCCCCGAAUCCCCACGCAUGAGCUGCUCACUGCUGCAGAGAUCCAAGUCCUUCUGUCAGACAGACAUUGAGAAGCUGCUGGACACCGAGGACACUUCGACUGAGCUUAUCGGAGAUUUCACCAAGCCUUUUGUAUUACCCACAGUGGAGGGCAAACACCAAGACCUCAAGUACAUUACCUCAGACAUUAUGGUGGCAGCUCUGACAGACCAGUUCAACCAUCUAGUUGAGCGAGUCAUCAUCAUCGACUGCCGCUACCCCUACGAGUUUGAGGGAGGACACAUCAAGGGGGCGUUGAACCUGCACCAGGAGCUGCAGGUGGAGGACUUCCUCCUCAAGACGCCUGUGGUCCCAUCCUGCCCGGAGAAGCGGGUGGUCAUCGUCUUCCACUGCGAGUUCUCGUCGGAGCGCGGCCCGCGGAUGUGCCGCUUCGUCCGUGAGCGAGACCGCGCCGUCAACGAGUAUCCUAACCUCCACUAUCCCGAGCUCUACAUCCUCAAGGGCGGAUACAAAGACUUCUUCCCCCAUUUUCAGGCACAAUGUGAACCUCAGGACUACCGGCCCAUGCACCACGAGGACUUCAAGGAGGACCUCCGGAAGUUUCGCCUCAAGAGCCGCACCUGGGCCGGGGAGCGCAGCAAGAGAGACAUGUACAGUCGACUGAAGAAGCUGUGAGCGUUUUCCUCCUCCUCGUCGUCCUCCCAAACUGCCACUCAAUCACACUGCCGCCACCCCCUCCUCAAUCCUACCUCCCUCUGAACAGACUGAGUGCAACAUUCCUCUCUGAGCCGGAGACCUUGCCCCACCAAGGACAUUCGUUAUUUGGGAGGGGGGAUUGCACCAACGAAACAGGGAUUUUUUUUAAAGUCUCUUUAAUGUUUCAUUUAACUAUAACAUGCGUCGUUAUUUAUGCAAAUGUAAAGAGGGAGAGACGUGAAAUGAUGAACCCAGUGCAGAUUUACAUUAAGAUGACAAAUAACCACUUGGACCUACACUGCCUGUUUUUACCUUCUGCAUUAUGCCGCGUGAGAAACACAUCACUGCCCGAGUGCCGCCGAGCAACCGGACCACACUGCCGAGUCUGACGUUUGUCUUUCAGUCACUGGAUUUUGUUUUUUGUUUUUAUUGUUUUUUUGCAUUUUUCAUUUCCCACCUUAUUUUAGCACUUAAAUUAAAAACCUGAACCGGUGAGGUGCUUUUUUUUUUGAUACCGUAUUUUUUAUAUAUAUAUAUAAUUUUGAAUGAAUUUUCUAAACCCUCAUUUAAAUCUUGUUUUUCCUCGACAUCCCAAACUGCAAAUUUACAUUUUAGUAUAUGAUCAAUGCAGUGUUUUUUCUCCUUCCUGAUUGGUUGCAAUAUUUGUUUGUUUUUUUCUUCCUCAGUCAGAUGACACCAAAGCAAACGAACUACCUGUUAACUUUGCAGUGAGAUAAUGUUUUUUUUCCCCCGAUGCUGCAGGUCAGCAAGUGUGAGAAGAUUUUUUUUUUUUUUAAUCUUAGGAAAAACACAAGUGUGUUUUGCUUUGAAUCCCUUAUUAACGUUCAGAGAUGAAAAUGUCUUCCCUUCUGCAGAGCUAAUGAUGUCAGUUUGAUAUUGAUCGGGUGGUUUGAAUAUAUUUUGGUCCAGGGUUCGUGGGGGAGCUGCUGAAAUAAAGAUCCAAUGUGCGUUCAAA